GGAUGAACCUCCAGGAUGAACCUCCGGGAUGAAGUUCCAGGACAAACUUCCUCCUCCUGUGUGGGUGGAGGAUGCAGGCGACGGGGCGGGGUCGUCGUCCCAGCUGAGGCUCGGCCCCCUCAAAGUUCCAUCUGGGAGGCUGGAGUGUCUCCGACCCGUCCCGGUUUGGUGGCAGACAUGCAUCCCCUGGGCAAGUCGUGGCUGCUCCUCACCGGCUUUGUCAUCUUCUACGUCAUCUACCUCUUGUUCGGUGGGCUCGUUUUCUCCAGCCUCGAGCGACCCGUCGAGGAGCAGCUCCGUCGGGACGUGAACGCCCUGAAGCAAAGUUUUCUCAAUCAGAGCUGCGUGUCCGCCGCCGCCCUGGAUCAUUUCUUGGACCAGGUGCUGGCGGCCAACAGGUACGGCGUGGCGGUCUUCCCGAACGCCUCUUCUGACACCUCCAACUGGGACUUGACCUCGUCCAUGUUCUUCGCUAACACGCUGGUUACCACCGUGGGUUACGGUCAUACUACGCCGCUGUCGGACGUGGGCAAGGUCUUCUCCAUCGUGUACGCGCUACUGGGCGUGCCCUUCACCAUGCUUGUCCUGACGGCGUGCGUGCAGAGGCUGAUGUACCCUCUGGUGGCGGCCCCCCUCAACCAGCUCCAGCGUUGCGGCCUGGAGGCCCGUCCGGCAGCCGCCGUGCACUUCCUGUUGCUGCUGGCGCUGGUGCUGCUGACUCUGUUCGCCGCUCCGGCGGCCGUCUUCCGUACCCUGGAAGACGGCUGGUCCUUCUUGGACGGCUUCUACUUCUGCUUCAUCUCGCUGUGCACCAUCGGCCUGGGGGACUUUGUACCCGCCGCCAGGCCUCAGCAGGAUCUCAAACAGCUCUACCAGGUUGCCGUCAUGGUCUACCUCUUCAUGGGCCUGAUGAUGAUGUACCUUUUGCUGCGCACCUUCCACAAGAUGGCCGACCUCCACGGCCUGACCACCUUCCUGCAGUUGCCGCGUUGCGAGGAGUCCGACCAGGAUGAGUUCCGCGAGCCCAUCGUGGAGAAGGGCCACACCGCCGCCCAAAAGCGACCCUCGUACAAUUCCAUCGCCGACCGGUGACACGUGAAUGGACGCUUUCCCGAGGAUCUAAAAAAAAAAAUUAUUGAAUGAGAAGUCUUGACUUUUCCGGGACGAUUUGAGGUAUGCAAUUUUUCGAUGAACUUUCAAAGGAAGCCUCGCAUCCUCAGGACGGCCCCUCUGAUGCCGAAGUAUGUUUUGAUUUUUUUUUUUUUUUGCAUUUCACAGCUCCUUAUAAAAUGUUCAUGAUGAUUUCGGGCCAAAUACUUCAAAUGUUUAACACUUGAGAGGCACUUUAAUGUGCAUUUUAAGUGAAAUACUGUAUAGUUGUUUGAAUUGAAUGCAGAUUGUUUGUUAAUAAAGAUGUUGAA